AUGGCGAACAACAGCUCGGCGACCAGUGGUGGAUUUUCUGUGAAAAUGAUCAGUAACCAGGUCAUUAUUGUUCAAGGGUUAAUAGGAGUUUUUCUAAGCAUUAAUCUUUUUCUUAUUUCAACUUUUUUUAGGAAGGAGGUUUUUUACACAACCGUACGCUAUGUCCUGUUUGCAGUGACUCUGCUCUCUGACUGUCUUUUUUUAAUAAUUACAAAUUCUCUGCUUGUAUCAACUUAUUUUGGUUUAACCAUACACAUUUGGUUGUGCUUUAUAUUGUAUUUUAUUUUAGCUGUGUACACAUUUGUCACACCUCUCACCCUCACAGCUAUGACACUGGAGCGCUAUGUGGCCAUAUGCAUGCCCUUGCGACAUGCAGAGCUGUGCACCAUGAGAGGUGCUCUGAAGCUCAUCCUCAUUAUUCACGGCUUAGGCGCCCUUCCCUGCACUGUUACACUCUACAUUUUCUUUGCCAUAGUGUCUCCUACCUUCUACUCCCAAAACAGAGUUUGUUCUGUGGAGACGUUUAUUUUGUCCAGUUGGCAGGGUGAUGUAAGAUCAGCCAUAAGUCAGUUUUACUUCUUGAUUAUGUGCUCAGUCAUUGUGUUUUCCUAUGUUCAGAUAAUGAAAGCAGCCAAAGCUGCAUCAGGAGAAAAUAAAAAGUCAACAUGGAGAGGUCUCAGAACUGUGAUUCUUCAUGGCUUCCAGCUGCUGCUCUGUCUUAUCCAGCUGUGGUGUCCCUUCAUAGAGGCUGCAGUGUUCAAAAUUAAUUUGCUCUUGUACAAUAAUGUGAGGUUCUUCAACUAUAUAAUGUUUUUUCUUGCUCCUAGAUGUUUGAGUCCUCUCAUUUAUGGCCUUAGAGAUCAAUCAUUUUUUAGAGCACUGAAACUUUAUGCUCUUUGUGGAUUGUAUAAAAAAUAA